AUGUCGUUCACAGAAGAAAAGCCCACGGGCGAAUACCGCCAGUAUGUGCCAGAUCUCUGCAUUCCUCGUUUUACGACGAUGAAGAUGCAGGAUGCGCACGAGUACGCUCAUGUAUUCAAGACAAAACACAUCCCGCCAUGGCUGUAUGCGCUGUACGAACAUUGGCGGUAUCUGUAUGAGGAGCCUUUUCAAGGUAUCACUACUGAUGGAACUGUCCGCCAGAACCUCUUCACUCUGCAAGACGAGGGCGUCCCCAUUGAAAGCAUCGUCGCAUCAGUUCAAAGUCUUUUGGAAUUAUUAAAUGACGGCCAGCGUAAAACACUUUCCUAUCAUAUUGACUCUCCAGAAUGGCGAACAUGGUCCAAUCCUGAGUUCCUACUCGUUCACAAGGGCCUGCGACUCGAUGAAGUUGAUGCCUCUAUCCGCGAUGCUAUUCUCAAGGUCCUCGAGACUACCCUCUCACCAGAAGGAUACGACAAAGCAAUCAAGGCUAUGCGAAUUAACCAUUUCCUCGGAGAAUUAGUCCAAUCGCCUCAAGUCAUGAAUGAAUACUCCUACAAUUUUGUUCUUUUUGGCAGACCAUCAACCACACGACCAUGGGGUUGGUCGUUUUACGGCCACCAUCUUUGCCUCAACGUUUUCCUUUACAAGGGCCAGAUUGUUGCAAGCCCCUGGUUCACUGGUGCUGAGCCCAACGAGAUUGACUCUGGCCCUCACAAAGGCACUCGUAUUCUCCAUGUCGAAGAGACUCUUGGCCUUCAGCUCAUGCAAUCCCUCCCGGCAGACAUCCAGCAGAAAGCACAAACAUACAAACAAAUGGUCGAUCCAGAGAUGCCCGCAGGCCGCAUUAACAAGGAUGAUCAACGACAUUUAUGCGGCGCAUACCGCGAUAACCGUCAGAUUCCUUAUGAAGGAGUACUUGUUUCUGAAUUCACUGCAGAGCAGAAGGAGCUUGUCUUUAGGAUUCUCGAGCAAUACCUGCUCUAUCUCCCACAACAAUCCCGAGAUUUCAAACUCAACGAAAUUCGUCGAUUUGAAAACGAGACAUAUUUCUCUUGGAUUGGUGGCUUCGCGGAUACAGACCCGUUCUAUUAUCGGAUACAGAGUCCAGUAAUUUUAGUCGAGUUCGAUCAUCAUUCCGGAGUAUUUUUGACAAACGAGGAGCCAAAGAAAUUCCACAUCCAUACCUUAUUGAGGACGCCAAAUGCAGGUGAUUAUGGGAAUGCAUUGAGGCCGCUCAUUCCGCCUGUAGAAAGUACAAUUGGGAAGCAUAUUACAUGGUAA